UUUUCUAUAAAUACAUCCACCUGCCUUUGCUCUCAUUGUGCCACCAUCACUCUCUUUUCUCUCCUUCGAUCUGCCACCCUUUUCAUCUUGAAUAUCAACCAAUGUCCCUUCCUACAACACAAGGGAAAACCCUCCCCGAUGCUUGGGACUACAAGGGCCAUCCCUCCGAGCGGUCAAAAUCCGGUGGCUGGACCAGCGCCGCCAUGAUUCUAGGUGUUGAGGCAUGUGAGAGGUUAACAACUUUAGGUAUCGCUGUUAACUUGGUGACAUACUUGACGGAAACCAUGCAUUUAGGCAAUGCUACAUCAGCCAACAUCGUUACCAAUUUCUUCGGCACAUCUUUCAUGCUUUGUCUACUCGGAGGUUUCGUCGCCGACACCUUCCUCGGCAGAUAUCUCACUAUCGGAAUCUUCACCGCCGUUCAAGCAACUGGUGUCACAAUCUUAACAGUUUCCACAAUAAUCCCAAGCCUAAGGCCACCCAAAUGCACCAGGGACAGCACCACAAUAUGCAUCCCAGCAAGUGGCAUACAACUCACUGUUUUCUACUUAGCCCUUUACCUCAUAGCCCUUGGGACUGGGGGUCUAAAAUCGAGUGUUUCCGGGUUCGGGUCUGACCAAUUCGAUGAGUCGGACCCUGAAGAGAGAUCCCAGAUGAGCAACUUCUUCAACUGGUUCUUUUUCUUCAUAAGCUUAGGUUCACUUUGUUCAGUCACCAUUUUAGUUUACAUCCAAGACAAUUUAGGGCGUGAUUGGGGUUAUGGCAUUAUUGCUUGCGCUAUUGUGAUAGGGUUAAUGGUGUUUCUAUCGGGUACAAAGAGGUACCGGUUUAAGAAACUAGUGGGGAGUCCAUUGACCCAAAUUGCUUCAGUGUUCGUAGCUGCUUGGAGAAAGAAGCAUUUGGAGUUGCCAUCGGAUCCAUCGUUGCUCUUCAAUAUUGAUGAUGUGGCUGAGGGAUUAAAGAUGAAGACGAAGCAAAAAUUGCCCCACACCGAACAGUUCCGUUUCUUGGAUAGGGCAGCUAUCAAAGACCCAUCUGUGAUUAAGGCAAAUAAAUGGAACUUAGCUACUUUAACAGAUGUUGAAGAAGUGAAAUUGGUGCUAAGAAUGUUACCUAUAUGGGCAACCACUAUCAUAUUUUGGACCGUUUAUGCCCAAAUGUCAACAUUUUCAGUGUCUCAAGCCACAACCAUGGACCGUCAUAUAGGCAAAUUUCAAAUCCCACCAGCAUCACUCACGGUGUUCUUCGUGGGAGCCAUUCUCUUAACAGUCCCAAUUUACGAUAGGCUCAUCGUCCCAAUCGCUAGAAAAGUACUCAAAAACCCACAGGGCUUAACCCCUUUACAAAGGAUCGCUGUUGGCUUGGUGUUAUCCAUUAUAGCAAUGGUAGCAGCAGCAUUGAUCGAGAUAAAGCGGAUGAGAGUGGCAACCACGAACGGGCUUACGAAUAACCCCACCGCUCAAAUCCCAUUAAGUGUCUUUUGGUUGGUCCCUCAGUUUCUGUUUGUAGGGGCUGGUGAAGCCUUUACAUACAUAGGUCAACUUGAUUUUUUCUUAAGGGAGUGUCCAAAAGGGAUGAAAACAAUGAGUACGGGUUUAUUUCUGAGUACCCUUUCAUUAGGGUUUUUCCUUAGUUCUUUGUUGGUUACUAUAGUUGACAAGGUCAGUGGAAACAAGCAUCCAUGGCUGCCAGACAAUUUGAACCAAGGGAGACUCUACGAUUUCUAUUGGCUUUUGGCAAUUCUAUGUUGUUUAAAUUUGGCAAUUUAUCUGGUUUUUGCUAAAUGGUAUGUGUAUAAGGAUAAGAGGCUUGCUGAUGAAGGGAUUGAAUUGGAAGAAUUGGAACCUACCUUCCACUAAAUUAAUUAGGUUUCA